AUGAAAGCAGAAUAAAAGAAGGAUGACAAGAAUGACAGAAAAUAUGGUGAAAAUUAAUUUAAUGUACUUCGCAUUAAUUUAAUGGUGAUAAUAUGUGCAAUGACGGAUUAAUUUUUGAAUGAGUCAUAGUUGAGUUUAUAUCACAAUUAUUUCUUGAAAUCUAAUAAUUUUUUUAAAAUAACUAACAAGUAUCAAUGAGAAGAAGAUUUGGGGCAAUCCAUUCAGAUACUACUGAAGAAUACAUUCAACAAGCCCAAUCAGCUUGGAACAAAGAUCUAUUUUAUUAUGAGGGCACUUCUAAGAAAUCAGCAUAAAACUAUGUGAACUUUGAUUUUGAUGAGCGGGAAACAAAUGUAUGAAUGUAAUCUUAUAUUGUAGAAUACUGAAAUAGAGGAGGAAGUAUAGAUGGAAGCAUAGAAUGUUAAAAUAAUUUUGAUGGAUGCUGAGAAUGAUUCUUAAACUGUUUUUGAUUAUUGUGGUCAAGAAUUUCAUCAGCAGAAGAAGGACUUCGAUUAUGUUUCCAAGAUUGAAGUCAACAAAAAUAAAUAGAUUACCUACCAUUUUUGGAUCAACAAUAUUCAUUCAACCAAAUUUACUGAUAUCGUUGAUGGUAAAAUUUAUAAUUUAAUAUUUAGUUUAUGUAAAAAAUUGCGAUGUCGUGAUUUACAUGUACAAUAAAUCAGUCGAAGAACAUUACCAAGAAUUUGUGGAGAAGAUAUCCAAAAUAAAUAAUAAGAGUUUUGUUAUUUACAAAGUUAACAAUUCUUUGAAUAGAACUCAGGUAUUUUUAAUUUUUUAAUUUUAGAGUUUUAAAUCUUUAAAUGAGAAGAAUUAAGAAAAUGUCAUUGCAGUUAAAAGCCUGUAAGAAGCUAUCACAAAAACGAUUAACUAAUAUAUUUGAUUAUAAACCAAUAUUUAUUUUGCGUACUACCAUUGCUAAAUAAAUUUACUAUGCGAG